UUGCUUCCUACCACGAUGUCGCAGAAAGUCUCCUUCACCGUCAGACGACCGACGCCAGUGUCAAGGGACAACUCGUCCGGACCAGAAUCAGACGGCUCAGGCUUCAAGGUUCCAGGACUUCCCCGGCACUUAAAGAAUGAGUCGGUCCCCGGGAGUCCCCUCGCGCAGAGCGCAAGUACGUCCCCGAGGCGUUACAUCGACUCUAGCGACGAGGAGGAUGAAGAAGCGGUCGAGCUGGUAGACGAGUUUGACAAGAUCGGUGGCGCGCGACGACGUGACAAGGCCAAGGCGGCACCCAAGGGACCCCUCGUCAUUCAACCCGCACCCAAUCGUGACUGGCGCGAACUCGCACGAAGGCGCCGUGGGCAAUUUGUCCCCGCUUCAGCCGCAGCGACCACCGGCGCCGAUGGCAGCGUCGGCGGCCUCGGUACGCGCGACACGAUCAACACUGGCCCCGUCCUCGCCGGUCUGCAGGUCAAGCAUCGUGAGGUCAAGGUCGAAGGCGACGACGUCACAGUAAAAGAGGAGGAGGAAACCACGGCCAUGGCCGUCGACGAAGAGACCGACGACCAGAAAGCCCUUCGCGCGAUCCUUGCCACCGCCGACGGCCGUACGCAGGAGGAUGGGCCCGUCAUUGACGUUAUCCGCCCCGUCUCUGAGGCCGAGGCGCUCAAGCAGGAUGUGGACGAGUUGCCGGACCAAGCGACGCUCGAAGACUACGAGCGUGUGCCGGUGUCGCAGUUCGGCGCGGCGCUGCUGCGCGGCAUGGGUUGGAAGGAGGGCAUGGCGGCGACGCGCAAGCCCGGAAGAGGAAUGGUCGAGCCAUAUAUGCCGGAGGCGCGCCCGGCGCUACUCGGCAUUGGCGCGAAAGAGCAAGAGGUCUAUGAUGAUGGGUCGAAGAAGCCCGCGUACAAGAAGCGGCCCGACAAGCGCUACGUGCCCGUCAUCAAGAAAGAGAGGGAGGAGUCGCAGCCGAGGAAUGACCGCGAGCGCGACGGGAAGAGCGAACGACGACGCGAUAGGUCGUACUCGCCGCGCAGGAGUGACCGGGAGGAUAGACGAGGCGACCGCGACGACAAGUACAGGAGUCGCGACAGAGACCGAGACGAUAAGUAUCGCGACCGAGAUGACAAGUACCGUGAAGACAAGUACAAGGAUCGCGACGACAAGUAUAGAGACCGCGACAGCAAGUACCGCGACCGCGACGACAGCAAAUACCGGGAGCGGGAAGACAGCAGUAGGCGGAAGGAGAAAGAUUACCAUGAUGAUCGGGAGCGGCGCAGGGAUCGCUCAAGGGACGCGACGCGCCGGCGGAGGGACUACUGAGGUGGCAAACCUCACAGCAGUGGUCUCUCGGUUCGUCCUUUCGUAUCUGUAUCAUGUAUAUUGUGUCCGCUAUACAUCUGCAGGUCGCACUCAACCUUC